GAACCAGACGUGCAGAUUCUUUGUGGAUAGUUAGGCAUCGUGACAGGGCUAUUUCUGUCGGCUUUUUGAUCGCAAUUAAAUUGCACUUACGGUCUGCAGAGGUGCACUAGCAGUUAAUUUGACAACUCUCACGAUGGCAGAUCAAGAACGCAUGACUGCCGAGUUCAUGGAGCUGACCAACGCCAGUGCAGACCGUGCGAAAUUCUUCCUCGAGUCUUGCAGUUGGGAUGUUCAGAUGGCUAUUUCAAACUUUUUUGAGAAUGGUGGAGCUGAUAUGGUUGACGAUGAGCCAGAGAUUGUCCGAGAAGUCCCAGCACCUCCGCGGCCUCCUGCACAGGUGAAAGUCGAACCAGAAGAAACAUCCAAAAAGACCGAGAAAAAAUCUUCAUCUUCUUCAACUUCUAGAAUCCAAACUCUGAGGACUCUUGAAAAUUCUGAAGGAAGCUCAGAUGAGGAAGGACAGGCUUUCUAUGCAGGUGGUUCUGAACACAGUGGUCAACAGAUUCUGGGACCAGCAAAGAAGAAGGGAGAUUUUGUCAAGGACAUCUUCAAAUCUGUCCGAGAGCAUGGUGGAGAAGAAGUUGACCCGCGACAGGCAUCUUCUAGCAAGAAAUCUGGGGCCUUUGGUGGAACUGGCUACAGACUUGGCCAAACUGCUACUGAAUCAGAGGUUGUGAUCCCUUCAACUUCAAACGAGGACAGAACUUCUCCACUGCAGAUCACCAUCAAGAUGUGGAAGACGGGCUUCAGCAUUGAUGAUGGUCCUUUGAGGGAAUACGAAAACAACAGAGAGUUUCUAGAGUCAAUCAAAAAUGGAGAAGUGCCUCCUGAGUUGGUGAACCAAGCCAGGGGUAGAGAGGUGAACGUGGACCUUGAGGACCACCAUAUGGAAGAGUUCCUUCAACCCAAGAAGAAAGUUUUUGCCUUUGCUGGCAAAGGGCACGUCUUGGGCAGUCCUGCUCCUGUGGCGAUUGGAGCCACCCAGCCAAUGACGGAGAAAGACAAAGAGUCAAACGAAGAUGCUGCUAAGACUGCUGUUAGCGUAGACUCAACCCAGCCAACCACAACUGUGCAGGUGCGGCUGAUGGACGGUUCUCGACUCCUGGCCAACCUGAAUCAUACUCACACAGUCAGCGACCUCAGGAGGUUUAUCACCAUUGCCAGGCCCAAUUUGCAGCAGCAGACGUUCUACUUGCGCACAACUUUCCCAAGUGCUGAACUGACGGAUGACUCCAAAACUCUGAAGGAAGCUGGUUUGUUGAAUGCUGCUGUACUUUUGCGACUCAACUGAAUUACGUCUGUUUGCAAACUGAACAACCUGUUAUCCCAAAGCGUUCAUACAGUUAACAAAUUCAUCAUUGGAGCUAAAGUCUUAUAAUUUCCAUAAUGCAUUCCGUGUCUCGUUACGAGAAUGAUUGUUACAUGCUUGCGGCAAAAAGCGUUUGCUGCAAUUUAACAAGUAUCCCUGUCAAAAAUUACAAGCAAAUUGGGUUGCUUUGAAAAUUUCUUUUUCAACCUCUGCCUCACAAGUGAUGGCAUUUAAUUGUCUCUUAAUGUAUUUGGUCAAUAAAAUAAUUUAAUUUCUAAUUA